AUCUUAUCUUAACUUAUUGUUGGCGCCAUAAUGUAUUUAGUUUUUAUUUUAUCUGUACAAGUUGAAUGUAUCAUGCAGUUCCAACAGUGAACACAGGAUGGAGCAUUCAACUUGUGAGUGCAUAUAGGUAAUCACUGAAUGGUAACAGAAGAAGCAACGUGGAUACAAUCAAUAUGAUGAAUAUAUGGAACACAAAAUAAAGGAUAUUCAAGGAUAUACGACUCAUUGUUUUAUAGUCUGGAACACACAACGUUCUCCCGUUCACAUCCCUCAGUGGCUUGAGUAUAGAUUAGGUUAAAAAAUCACUACACUUAUCUUAUUAUUAUUAUAGUUCCUGUAACCCUUUUCCAUGUGUUCCCUGUGCUCCAGUUGUCACAGCUUCUACAGUAAGCGUUACUCCAGAGCUCUGUACCUGGGGGCGAAGGCCAUCCAGCUGAACAGUAACAGCGUGCAGGCGCUGCUGCUCAAAGGAGCCGCGCUCAGGAACAUGGGGAGAGUUCAGGAGGCCAUCAUCCACUUCAGAGAGGCCAUGCGCCUGGCCCCCUGCAGGCUGGACUGCUACGAGGGUCUGAUCGACUGUUACCUGGCGUCCAAUGGGAUUCGAGAGGCGAUGGGCAUGGCGAACAACAUCUAUAAGACUCUGGGCGCUAACGCUCAGACGCUCACCAUCCUGGCCACCGUGUGCCUGGAGGACCCCGUGACGCAGGAGAAAGCUAAAACUCUGCUGGACAAAGCCCUCGCUCAGAGGCCAGACUACACCAAGGCUGUGGUGAAGAAGGCGGAGCUGCUCAGUCGGGAGCAGAAAUACGACGAAGGCAUCGCUCUCCUCAGGAACGCUCUGGCCAAUCAGAGCGACUGCGUGCUGCACAGGAUGCUGGGAGAUUUCCUGGUGGCCGUCAACGAUUACCAGGAAGCCAUGGAUCAAUACAGCAUAGCACUCAGCCUGGACCCUAACGACCAGAAGUCCCUGGAGGGGAUGCAGAAGAUGGAGAAGGAGGAGAGCCCCACGGACGCCACGGUGGAGCUGGACGGAGACGACAUGGAGGGCAGCGGAGAGGACGGAGACCUGGAGGGCAGCGACAGCGAGGCGGCGCAGUGGGCCGACCAGGAGCAGUGGUUCGGGAUGCAGUGACCCCCCCCAAACUGAGGGAGGAACAGCCCCCUCUCAUCCUCCAGGGGGGAGACAGGACUACAGGCCUCAUUUGUUUCCCAAAAUCCAGAUAAACACAUCGGUGAGGAGCGGAAAGUCUUUGCAGUACACGCUCAGCCCCAGGGGAAGUCAAUGGUCAGUAAUUGUGAAGAUACAUCUAAUGGGAUUCUACGUGAUUAGAGCUGCAACUAAAUUAUCUUCAUUAUCGGUUCACUGUUUGGUCCAGAAAAUGUCGAUUUUAGUUUCUAGAAGUCUUUAUUUGUCGGUUUCAAGAAACCAUUCAUUCACAACUUGAUAUGUGACAGAGCAAAGCAUUACAUCUCCACAUUUCAGCGACCGGGGAAUGAAUGAAAUGGUCAGUAAUUGUGAAAAGUAAGAUAAAUAUUUGACUUUAUUUCUGGAACUCUACCUGCAUUAGAGCUGCAGCUACAUUACUUUCGUUAUCGGUUCACUGUUUGAUCCAGAACACUUCUAUUUUAGUUUCUAGAAGUCUUAAUUUGUCGGUUUCAAAAAGCAAUUUAUUCACAACUUGAUAUGUAACGGAGGGAAGCAGUAAAACGUCCACAUUUGACGGACUGAAAAACAGCAUUUUUUAGACUAAAUCAAUGCAAGUCAUCGGGAACCUAAUGUGUUUUUAAUAUAAGUGAUCAUGCUCAUAAGGCUCCGCAAUACCUUCAGUCAGUUAGGGUCUUAUUUUGUCCGUUGAAAACCAAACUAUUGUCGCUUUAAUCCGAUACAAACCAAUUAAAGCAGCAGGAAAUCUACACAUGGCACAGGCUGAAAGAAACAGCAUUUAGGACAUUUUCCCACUUUCAUUUGAUUUACAUAUUAAAGAGGUCCUAUGCUGUAUGUCAAUGGUCUGCAGAGGCUCAAAUCCUUGUGUUCCCUUCCAGAGGCAGCUUCUCUCUAUUUCUCUCUCUUUAGGUCAAUCCACUACUGACUACAUGUUGAAGAACCAGCAUGUUGUAAUGAUUAACUCAACUUAUUUUUACCACCUCAUGACUUGUAGAUGUGUGUGGAAUAUAAUAAUCAUGCCACACACGAUUAGCGCUAUGUUUUGAGAGCGUGAACCCCAAACAUAUUGACUUUAUUUGGAUAAAUAACUGGAUUUCUUCCACGUAUUAAAUGCAGAAAACGACAAUUUCUGUGUUUUUUUUCCCCCGUGAAAAUGUGUGCGUUAUCAAAACAUUUGCCAGUUAUUUUUCUGUGUCCUGCAGCUCUAAUUGGAAUAGUGUGCCAGGUAGUGCAUCUUAAAGUUACAUUCACUCAAAGCUAAGUGUCAGUUUGUUCAAAUAUACUUAAAAAGAGCUUCUUUGGAUGUUUCUCUGGGGUGGAGUUGUUCGGCGACGGCGUGAUGGGAGAUGUCUUUGAGGCCAAGUAUACGUUUCCGUCACGAGUCACAGGAGGGAAAUGAGAAUAUUUUGAAAUGAGUGUUUUAUUUGAGCCACAACUCUGACAUUGAAACAGCGUCAGUGAAAAAGAGACUGUAUCUUUAAGCUCUUUAACGAAUAUCCUAAUUUGUGUUAAAAUGUACAUGUUUAUUAUUAUUCUGUGUCUUUUUCUGAGUCGGCCUUUGUGUGUCAAAAUAACCCUACAAUUGACUCAAGUGUUACUUAAAAUGUUUAUAGUAUUUUGUACAUAUUUUUAAAGUGUAUAAUAAAAUAAUUAAACACUCUCACUUGA